AUGACGGUGGGUGUGGCAGUGAUGCUGUGCGUGUCCCGCAGAAUCGACCUGGUGGUGGCCCACAGCAGCGCCAUCUACCCGAGCCUGAACGUGAUGACCCGUCCGGGCAUGCCUGCGGUGGGAGGCCUGGCCCUUCUUGCGCCUGCGGGUCACCAGCUGGUGCGGGCCAUCCGACCGCUGCCACUGAUGCGGGCCUUCGCGGUGCACUACACGAAUCCCCGGUACCAGGGCUUCAUGCGGCGCCUGGGAAUCGCCAUCAUGAAGUGCACCCGCAAUCCCAUCAAGCCCAACAUGGAGGAUGCCAUCAUGUCACUCCAGACCAUGAUCUUCUCGGACUACGACCAGGCAGGGCACAAGAUCAAGCAGGUGGCAGAGAGCGGCACUCCGCUACUGAUUGCCUUCAGCGAGAACGACCGGGCCAUUAACCCGGAGGUCAUCUUUAACAUGGUGGACCUGAUUGGCACCCGCAACGAGGACCUCUGGCUCUACGACGCCGACGGCAAGCUGGCCAGAGAAGGUGAGCAGACUGCAUAUGCGGUUCUCGGUACGAAAGGCUCCCCGUCGGCCCUAGCCUCCCCGGUACAGAGAGCCGACGUCACUUACUUUAUGCUAGGGGCACAAGAUGCGUGCACACUACUGAAGCUCCCGAAGCUUGCCUGGGAACCAUGCCACAGUGCUGAAAUCAAUGACUACAGUACGGUGGCAGUCUCGAGUCGUGUUGACCUGGAGUGGGCAAACUGGCAGAUUGCAGUCUAG